AUGGAGAUAACAAACUGCACUUUGGUUAAAGAGUUCAUCCUGUUGGGCAUCCCACGCACAGAGGGGCAGGAAAAUGUGCUCUUCGUUGUCUUCUGGAUCUUUUACCUCUGCACUCUGCUAGGAAACUUACUCAUCCUGGUAGCUGUGAUGUUUGAUUCCCAUCUCCACACCCCUGUGUAUUUCUUUCUCUGUAACCUCUCUGUGCUGGACAUCGGUUUUUCUUCAGUGAGCACCCCAAAAAUGUUGGCCAACCUGCUGGUGAAGGACCAAGUCAUCUCCCUGGGUGGCUGCAUGUCCCAGGUCUUCUUUUACCACUUCCUCGGCAGCACUGAGUGCCUGCUCUACACGGUGAUGGCAUAUGACCGAUUUGCUGCCAUCUGCCAUCCAUUGUGUUACACCAUCCUCGUGAGCCAUCGGGCAUGUGCCCUGCUGGCUGCUGACACCUGGAUUACUAGCUCUUUUCAUGCCACAAUUCUCACUACGCUGACCUUCCAAUUGCCAUACUGUGGGUCUAACGAGGUAGACUAUUUCUUUUGUGACAUCUUUCCUGUUGUCAGUUUGGCCUGUGGUAAUGCCCUCAUCAUUGAGACAGUGAGCUUCACCAACAUUGGCCUUGUGCCCAUGACAUGCUUCCUCCUCAUCCUUAUCUCCUACAUCCGCGUCACCAUUGCAGUCUUAAAGAUGCACUCUGCAGAGGGGAGACACAAGGCAGUGUCAGCCUGUGCUUCCCACCUCUCAGUGGUUACACUGUUCUUCGGGCCCUGUGCCCUCAUCUAUACCCAGCCAUAUCUGAGCGAGGUGCUGGUAACCCCAGUGCAAAUCUUUGGCAAUGUAGUUACCCCCAUGCUGAACCCCACAAUCUACACUCUAAGAAACAAAGACGUCAAGGAAGCCCUGAAGAAACUGGCUGGUGGCCAGACUGUUUCAGCAGAAGGUCACUAG